GUGUAAAUGGCCAGUGACAGCUUGUGCUGCUCAUGCGUAUGAUGCCUUUUCCUGCCAGCAACAACAGAAACAGCAGCAUCUCGCAUCAUCACUGAGAAGAACUGAGAUUGGAGAGAGAGAGAAAGAAGGAGAUGAUGGUGGGGAGUCGAGAAGGAAAAUUAUGAAAUAACGGGUGAGGGUGUGGGCCAUGUCUGAGCUGUGAGUGGAGGAGAGGAAGAGGAGGAGUAGGAGAGGAAGAGGAGGUGAGGACUGAAUAGCAGAGUGCGACGCCCCUUGUAGGGCAGUGAUGGGGAACACAGCCACUAAGUUCCGGAAGGCUCUAGUCAGCGGGGACGAGGCGUUGGCAUGGCAACUGUACGAGGGCAACAGCCAGUUCAGAGAGGGGUUGGACCCCAACGCGUCCUACGGAGAGACCUACCAACACAACACACCCCUUCACUACACCUGCAGGCACGCCAUGACACGCCUGCUCAGGUCGUUCCUUUUCAGUAAAGAAGGGAACCCUAACAAGCGUAACGUGCAGAAUGAGACAUGUCUGCAUGCGUUGUGUCAGGGAGCGCACAUCCUGCUGCUGCCAGAGGGGGCACUGUCUCCCAGACUGGCCAGACCACAGAGAGACGAACAACGCAGGGCAGACUGCCUACAGAUGAUCCUGAGCUGGACCGGGGCUAGGCUGGACAGAGGACAGUAUGAAAGGGUUAACAUUAACGCUACAGACAACAGGAACAGCACCUGUCUACACUACGCUGCUGCUGCUGGUAUGAAGAGCUGUGUAGAGCUCCUGGUCCAGGCUGGGUCAGACCUGUUUGUGGAGGACGAGGAGAAGUUAACCCCGUGUGACCACGCAGAGAGACAGCAGCACACACACCUGGCCCUGCGCCUCGAAGCCAUGAUGGUGUUCUCACAACACACACCCACCGAGACACAAACACCCAGCAGCACGCUGCGCCACAAAGAGCCCUAUGAGGGUUUGAAGCUGCAGGACUUGAGGAGACUGAAGGACAUGUUGAUAGUGGAGACAGCGGACAUGCUACAGGCUCCUCUCUUCACCGCUGAGGCACUGCUCAGAGCACACGACUGGGACAGGGAGAAGCUUUUGGAAGCCUGGAUGAGUGAUUCUGAGGAGUGCUGCCAGCGGUCUGGGGUCUUGAUGCCCACCCCCCCGCCCAGCGGGUGCAACGCCUGGGACACCCUGCCUUCCCCCCGAACCCCUCGCUCCCCCCUCACCCUAACCCUCACCUCCCUCACUGACAGCUGCCUCACCCCAGGGGAGGAGGGAGGGACUACGUGUGGGAUCUGCCUGUGUUCCAUCUCAGUGUUUGAAGACCCAAUAGACAUGUCCUGUGGUCAUGAGUUCUGCCGAGCCUGCUGGGAAGGGUUUCUGAAUGUGAAGAUCCAGGAGGGUGAGGCUCAUAACAUCUUCUGUCCUGCCUGUGACUGUUACCAGCUGGUGCCUGUUCAGGUUAUAGAGAGUGUUGUCUCCAGAGAGAUGGACAAACGAUACCUGCAGUUCGACAUCAAGGCGUUCGUGGAGAACAACCCAUCUAUCCGGUGGUGCCCGGCAGUGCGGUGUGAGAGAGCGGUCAGACUGACCAGACCUGGUCCGGGGGUCAACCACCUGGGGUUCCCCCUGCUGCCCUCCCCUGCAGUCGACUGUGGCAAGGGUCACCUCUUCUGCUGGGAGUGUCUAGGUGAGGCCCAUGAGCCAUGCGACUGUCAGACAUGGAGGAUGUGGCUGCAGAAAGUCUCAGAGAUGAAGCCAGAAGAGUUGGCAGGUGUAUCGGAGUCGUAUGAGGAUGCAGCUAACUGUCUGUGGUUGUUAACCAACUCUAAACCCUGUGCCAACUGCAAGUCUCCCAUACAGAAGAAUGAGGGCUGCAACCACAUGCAGUGUGCCAAGUGUAAAUAUGACUUCUGCUGGAUCUGUCUGGAAGAGUGGAAGAAACACAGCUCUUCAACUGGAGGAUACUACCGCUGUACACGCUAUGAAGUUAUCACACAGCUAGAGGAGCAGUCCAAAGAGAUGACUGGAGAGGCGGAAAAGAAGCACAAGAGUUUUCAGGAGUUGGACCGCUUCAUGCACUACUACAGCCGCUAUAAGAACCAUGAACACAGCUAUAAGUUAGAACAGAGACUAUUGAAAACAGCCAAAGAGAAGAUGGAACAGCUGAGUAGAGCCUUCAUUGGAUGUGAAGGCUCCCCCCCAGACACCAGGUUUAUAGAGGACGGUGUGUGUGAGUUGUUGAAGACGCGUCGUGUGUUGAAGUGUUCCUACCCCUACGGAUUCUUCCUCCAGCCUCACAGCACACAGAAGGAGAUAUUUGAACUCAUGCAGACUGAUCUGGAGAUGGCGGUGGAGGACUUGGCUCAGAAGGUGAACCGUCCCUACCUGCGUACGCCGUGUCAUAAGAUAGUCAGCGCUGCCUGUCUGGUACAGCAGAAGAGAGAGGAGUUCCUGGCCUCAGUGGCUAGAGGGGUGGCCCCUAACGACUCACCUGAAGUACCUAGGAGGAGUUUCCCUGCUGGAUCAUGGGACUGGGAGUACCUGGGAUUCACCUCUCCUGAGGAGUAUGCAGAUUUCCAGUACCGGCGGAGACACCGGCCGCGUCGUAGAGGAGACAUGCCGAGUUUACACAGUCUGAGGAGCAACAGCAGUACUCCUGAACCAAACCAGAACACUGAGAAUACAGAGGUCCUCCAGGAGAGAGUUGAGGGGCGGAGACAGCCUCUGAGGUCACUGGAUGAAGAUGACCCCAACAUUCUACUGGCCAUCCAACUGUCACUACAGGACUCACGGAGGGAGAGAGAAAUGGAGAGAGGGUUGGGAGGAGGACUGGAGAGAGGCUCUGGUGUGAUUGAGGGCCCAGGGCUUGGGUCUGGACAGGGUCUGGAUAUAGGGCCAGUAAUGGGUCCAGGGGUGGGGGGCCUCAGUGAGACUCAGGACCCCUCCAGUGUGGGUGGGUCUCUGGGGGCCAGUGGCUCCUCUAACCUCCCUAGACCAGACCCUAACCAGUCGCUAAAUGCUGAGCUGUUAGAGCUAGGAGAAAGUCUGAUGAGACUGGGACAAAUAACUACUCCAUAUACCCUAGACAACACUAAUAUCCCUACGCCAUAUAGCUUAGACCACACCUACGACCACUACAACCCUUCCCCCAGGUACAGUCAGAGUCAGGACCUUAGCUACACAUCUUAUACAACUGACCACAACUAUGCUGUACUGGAACCUGACCACACCACACCUUAUACACGCGGCUACGGUCACACCUGUGAUCAUAACCAGGACCACACCACUAUCAACAUUCCCUUCACUCCAGAACACGACCAUAAUUGUGGUCAAAACCAAAAUCGUGGCCAUCCCACUAUCAAUGCCUUCUACAGUUCUGUUCACUGCCAACCCAGCCUCUACACUAAAACAUCUCCUCCUCAGACAGACCUUACAGCAUCUUCUAGCCCUAAACACACAAGCCUUUACCCCUCAGACCCAGAGCCAUAUGCUAUGUUAAGCCUUCCCCAUAACCCUGAACCAGACCAAACCAUCUCUUGCACCCAGGACACACAUCCGGACCAGAACCACCACCAUUGCUGCCACUCCAGUCACUACACCCCUAACCCAGACCCUUACACCCCUAACCCAGACCCUUACACCCCUAACCCAGACCCUUACACCCCUAACCCAGACCCUUACACCCCUAACCCAGACCCUUACACCCCUAACCCAGACCCUUACACCCCUAACCCAGACCCUUACACCCCUAACCCAGACCCUUACACCCCUAACCCAGACCAUUACACCCCUAACCCAGACCCUUACACCCCUAACCCAGACCAUUACACCCCUAACCCAGACCCUUACACCCCUAACCCAGACCCUUACACCCCUAACCCAGACCCUUACACCCCUAACCCAGACCAUUACACCCCUAACCCAGACCAUUACACCCCUAACCCAGAUCAUUACACCCCUAACCCAGACCCUUACACCCAUAACCCAGACCCUUACACCCCUAACCCAGACCCUUACAACCCUAACCCAGACAAUUACAACCCUAACCCAGACCCUUACAACCCUAACCCGGACCCUUACAACCCUAACCCGGACCCUUACAACCCUAACCUGGACCCUUACAACCCUAACCCAGACUACACCUCGAAUCCUGACCCAUACCGCACUUCCUCCUACACCUCAGACCCCCACGACCUAGACCCUAAUCACCCUACCUCAGACCCCCACGGCCUAGACCCCAAUCACCCUACCUCAGACCCCCACGGCCUCCUACUCCCCUCCCCAGACCCAGAACUCCUCUCCCCAGUGGUCCCUCCAGGAGGUCCCUUCACCCCCAGUGACCCUGGCUGCCUGGAGCGCCUGGACCCCUCAGCUGAAGCCCUGCUCCUGGACAACAUCAUGGCCUGGAUCCAACACACACACCCCCAGGACAGCCCCCAGAACAUCGACCUCAUCCCCUCAGCUAGCUCCGAGACUGGCUCACCCCUGGAGAAAUACUCACCUCCGGACACAGAGACAGACUCACCCACUGUUUCACCCCAAGACGGUGGGGACCCAAAGAGUGAUUCCCCUCCUGACGCCCAGGCCAGUUUCAGCGGGGAGGCCCUAGCCGAGCAACGGCAGGCCCAGGAGGGAGAGGCGGGUAGGGGACAGGCUGGCUCCCCCGGCCCUGUAGACAGCCUGGAGGUUAAAAGACCCAGCACUCUGGAUCUGGAGUGUUGUGAGGGUGAGGAGUGUGUGGAGUGUGUGGUCACAGGGUUUGUGCCGGACCUGUCGCAGGACGCAAUGGACACACACAUACACUCACACACACACUGUGGAGAUAACCUCACUUCUACCAAGACAGACUCAAGCCCCACCCCCUGGGUAGUGGAGGACCAAUCACGCGCGGAGUGGGAAGAGCAAGUUCACCUGGUGUGACAACAGACAGACAGAUGACAGAGAGCAGGAGGAAGAGAGGAGGAGAGUGGGAGCGAGAUAAUGAUAAGCAGCAGUGACAGAGAUGAGGGAGAGAAAAGCUGAGAGAGAAAAGAGAGGAAGAGAGAGUGAAUAAUAGCAUUAUCAGAGAAAGAGCUUAGGAAAGAUUUGGGGAUGAAAAGCACUUAGAGGAAAGAACAGGAGAAAAGUCUGACAUUAAACAUGGGGUGUCCACUUGAUUUAGCUAGCUGGGCACAGAAAGCUAAUUAGUAUAUUUGACCCUGGUCAGGUCAUGUGACCCAGGUCUGAUCAGGUCAUGUGACCCAGGUCUGAUCAGGUCAUGUGACCCAGGUCUGGUCAGGUCAUGUGACCCAGGUCUGAUCAGAUCAUGUGACCCAGGUCUGAUCAGAUCAUGCAGUGACCAGAGUUGAUCAGAGCAGAUGAGAUGUGUUUAAAUACAAUCAAAUAUGAGUGACUUUAGUGAUUUUAUCGUCCAUAACCAUUCCACUACUGAUGGACUGACUGUAUGUGGUCGCCUCAGCCUAAGACCAGGGCGAGUUGUUUUACUGUUUAUUCAACCUUUAUUUAUCCAGAUCAAAACUCCAUGAGAGAGAGAGCGAGGGAGAGAGAGAGGGACCGUGACAUGGCUAUUCUUUAGAAACAGUCCACGGCUGAGUUGAUCAGUGUGCCUCAUUUUUAUUGAGAAUCCCCUUUUUUCAUAUGGAACCUCAAGCAACGUGCAAAGAAUAGUAUGACUAUUAUUACUACUAUAGGGUUGUGUUGUUUUUGACAUGGUUUCCUUUCCUCUUGAGAUAAGAUGUGUUUUUGGAAGCAGCUGUGGUCUGUGGCCAUAUGUGUCAAGUGUCUCAGAGUAGUGGUGCUGAUCUAGGACCAGGUCCCCCCUGUCUAUUUAAUCCUAUUCAUUAUGAUCUAAAAGGCUCAAUUGAUCCUAGAUCAGCACUCCUACUCUCCCAGGUCUUUGACUAGGUACAGGACAGGAGGCUGUUAUUUUUCUUGUGUUGGUGUUAUAGAGAUGGUUAGCACUGGUAGGAUGAUUAUAAUAUAGUCAACUUUAUAGAGAUGAAUCUGCAGUCUACAAGAGUUUAUAAUAUAAUUUCUAAAAUCAUAUUUAUCUUAUUUAAUUGUAAUAAGCUGCUUAAAUAAAGUAGUCAUUGGAUAUAGAAUAACAUUUAGAAACGCAACUUAACUGUUGGGUGUAGUGUGCAACCAUCUGGAGUAGUGCACUAGUUUAUAGUAGGGUGCGAUGUGACGUGCGCUGAUCAUACAAAACAUGAAAUGGAACACUGAAGUCUGGAUUUGGAGUGUAUUUUUUUUGUACAACACCACUGUUUUAAGUUAAGAUAAUUGUUUAUUUAGUCAAAUUUUAUUCACACUAAGGUUUUUCUUAGAUUUUUUUUUUCUUUGUUUUGUAUUUUCUUGGUACUUAAUUGAAAGUUUCAAGGCCAGUGGCUGUGUCAUAGUUUGUAACCCAGGCAUCUGAUUUUUAUAUUACUGUACCCUGGCAACCAUAAACCUUGUUGUUAUUUGCACUUUCAUAGGUGAUACUUGAUACAUUCCCAGUCCAUAUGAAAGACAGUGAAGUUCGAUGUGUGGCCAAGGAGUGAAAGUAUUAGUAAAACGUUUACUCUCAAUAAAAAAAAAGAUUUAAAAAAACA